CCCCCCGCCCAAAAACCCCUUCUUUUUCCGUCUCUCACAAACGGGUUUCGGCAAGCCCAAAAAUCACGGAAUCGACAACCUAGAAGCGACUUCUCUCCAUACUCGAGCUCGCACCAAUUUCGGCUCGCCGAUCUCAUAGGCAAAUGGCCUGAACUCGCAAUCGGGGGCGAAGAAAGCUGCAUGACCAUGGUCCCAGACUGGAACCGCACCCGAUCGGGCAAGUCAACGAGUCAAAUGAGAAGCAGCUGUCGUCCACAGCAGUUGAUGGUUUGCAGAAAGAGGCGGUGUCUCGUUGACGAGCGCGAUGGUUGGACAACAAUGAGUGUCAGGCCAGAGCUGACCUUACCCAGGCCGUCGGCAUCUAGCACGCCAAAACGCCGAUGUACCUCAAAGUACCCUCACCGUACCGUUUCAGCCCCCAACCCCGCUCCUUACAUCUUCCACGCGAAGGGGAGGCUAACAUUAGCAACACUGAAAUACGCGAUCUUCGUCUUUCAGUUCGACAACGAAGAGCCGAUGGGCUCACUAAGGGCACUGGGCCGAUUCGACGGCUUCAGAGCCCAUCUAGUGUUCGUCGGCCUGGAUGCAGCCGUCAGAGGUCAACAGUCGAGGCGGAACCGACAUCAAAACGAAGUGGCCUGAGAAGUCAUGAUCUUGUUUAGAGCUUGGCAGUGCUUGGAGGACAAGUGGGGUCCUCUUCUCAUCGCCGUGGUCCGUUUCCUUCCUCAAUAAGACGUUUUUGGUUCCUGCGGCGUCCUGAAGGUCGCGCAAUAUCAGGGUUGCAGCUCCGAG